CCCUCAUGAUUCAUGAAUGGAACCCAGAUGCUUAUUUUCCAAACUGAGCACAAUCUCUUUAUCAGUGAAGCAAGCAAAGCAAGUUCACGCACUAAUACUGAUCCAUGGUCUGAGCCAUCUGGAGCCAAUCUUGGCCCGCCAAAUCCUCCUUUCUGCCUCAAACUACUCUGCAACUGUCGCUCAAUAUGUCCAUUCUGUCCUCCACCAUUCCAAGUCUCCAGACUCCUUCUCAUGGGCUUGCGCAAUUCGUUUCUCCACCCAGCAUGGCCAAUUCAAAGAGGCUUUUGCUCUUUAUGUUCAAAUGCAGAGGUGGGGACUGUGCCCCACCACAUUUGCUCUGUCUUCUGCUCUGAAGGCGUGUGCUAGAAUUGCGUACAGAAUGGGUGGGCUUUCCAUUCAUGGUCAGGUUCAGAAAUUCGGGUUUAGUGGUGGUGGUGAUGGGAUUUAUGUGGAGACUGCUCUGGUGGAUUUUUACUGCAAACUGGGUGAUAUGGAGAUUGCACGGAAGAUGUUUGAUGAAAUGGCUGAGAGGAAUGUGGUUUCGUGGAAUUCGAUGUUAGCUGGGUAUCUGAAGUCCGGGGAUUUAGUGGUGGCCCAGAGGGUGUUUGAUGAGAUUCCGCAGAAAGAUGUUAUUUCGUGGAAUUCGAUGAUUUCGGGAUAUGCCAGAGCAGGGGAUAUGCUAAAGGCGUCAUCGUUGUUUCAACAAAUGCCCGAGAGGAAUUUCGCUUCUUGGAAUGCGAUGAUUAGUGGGUAUGUGGAGUUUGGGGACAUAGAUUCUGCUAGAAGCUUUUUUGAUGCAAUGCCGCAGAGAAAUAAUGUUUCUUGGAUGACCAUGAUUUCUGGGUACUCAAAAUGUGGGGAUGUUGAUUCUGCAUGCGAACUAUUUGAUCAGGUCGGUGGGAAAGAUCUGCUCUUAUUUAAUGCCAUGAUAGCUUGCUAUGCUCAAAAUAGUAGACCGAAGGAGGCUCUUAAGCUAUUUAACAAUAUGCUUAAUCCAUAUGUAAAUGUUCAACCAGAUGAGAUGACUUUGGCUAGUGUUAUAUCUGCAUGUUCUCAGUUAGGAGACUUGAGAUUUGGGCCCUGGAUCGAGUCAUAUAUGAGAAGACUCGGAAUUGAAAUGGAUGGUCAUUUGGCCACUGCUUUACUUGACUUGUAUGCAAAGUGUGGAAGCAUUGAUAAGGCAUAUGAAUUGUUCCAUGGUUUGAGAAAGAAGGAUUUAGUUGCUUAUACUGCAAUGAUCUUGGGGUGUGGCAUAAAUGGUAAAGCUAUUGAUGCAAUCAAGUUGUUUGAUGAGAUGGUAGAUGCCCAGAUUUUCCCAAAUUCAAUCACCUUCACUGGGCUAUUAACCGCCUAUAACCAUGCUGGUUUGGUUGAAGAAGGCUACCGUUGCUUUACCUCCAUGAAAAAGUAUAAUCUUGUGCCUUCGGUUGAUCAUUAUGGAAUCAUGGUUGAUCUUUUUGGUAGGGCAGGAAGGCUACAAGAAGCACUUGAGCUAAUAAAGAGUAUGCCCAUGCAGCCUCAUGCUGGGGUUUGGGGAGCUUUGCUUCUUGCUUGCAGGUUGCAUAAUAAUGUUGAGUUUGGGGAGAUUGCAGCUCAGCAUUGCUUCGAAUUGGAGCCUGAUACAACUGGUUAUCGUUCUCUUCUUUCCAAUAUUUAUGCAUCUGGUGAGAGGUGGGAUGAUGUCAAGAGAUUGAGAAAGGUCACGAAGGAGAAGGGAUUUUCCAAAAUACCUGGUUGCAGUUGGAUGGAAUCUGCUUGACUCCCUUUUUUAUAAGAAAUAUGCACUCACAAAACAGUGUUUGCUCCAUUUUGGGUUUGAUAACACUUCAUACUUCUGGUUUUCAGAGGACCAAGUUUUCAUAUCCUACCCUUUGUAGUUUCAUAAACCCAGGAAAAGUACAUGACUUGGGUAGUUGGAUUAGAGUCAGAUGUAGCACCAUUGUAAUUUAUGGAAGCUAAACCUCUGGAAAGAAAUGGAAAUCUGCAAAUUUUUUGAUACCGAGGAAGGUUUUUUCCACUCAGCCAUUGUAAGAUUCUGGAUACAAUUGUUGCCGCCAUAUACCAGUUAAAGAACAUUAUUGGUGAAGGGGAUUUUCAGCAAUGAUACGUGAAAUGUUUACUGCAAGGUAAUGAAUCCCGGUACUAGAUUGGAAUCCUCUGAAACCUCCACACCACACUCCUUGCAGGCAUUUCAGUUUUGGUCCACGUCCAAGUUGAUAAGAUGAAACAGACCUUGCUAAGUUCCUUGGAAGCUAUUAUCUUAAACAUCUUGCAGAGCCCAAAGCCAGAGAUUUGGUGGAGUGGGAUUGUUCAAUUAUGGAACGUCCUUGGGAUAUGUCAAAUGGAUAAGGGAAGGUCAGGCUCCCGCUUUGAUUUAUGUGUUCAAUGUGCAUUAAAAAGAUGAAAAAGGAGUUUCAAUGGGGGCUGGAACAAUUUACUGGGGCCAUGCUCAUGAUCAAUGGGCUACAUAAAACAGGCGCAUUUGGACGGCGGCUUGGACCAUGGUUUGGUAUGGGCCCCUUUGAAUGAGUCUAUGCUUAUAUCGCAAGCAAUGAAUAUAAUCAUCUUUGUUGGAAUGUUAGAUGUAAUUUAAGUUGUUAAUUUUGCUUCAUUUAUUUUGGCGUAAGAUUUUUCUAGACUAUGUGUUUCACUAUUCAUUGAAGAUUUAAGGCUGUGUAAUCAAUUGAAUGACACAAA